UACGUCAUCUUUAUUCAAAAUAAUUCUGCGCCGAUUAUCGACACUAUUUUAUACGGUUUCGAGAAGAAUCGUGUUAAAAGUAGGAAAUGCGACAGUUGAAAAAAGAGCACAACUGGAAAACUGGAGAACUGCACAGCAUAGUCAAUUAGAAACUACCGAUGAGAAUACGUUGCUCGACUCUAACGAGAGAAACUUAAAUUCACCGCGAUAUGCUAAACUGGGAGUUUCCAUUUUUAUCAUGGCCCAAAUUUUAAUUUUGUCUUACUCAAUGACAUGUUAUUUUAAUAACCAAGCGAAAAACCUACCAGCAAGAGUGGCCAAUCAAAGGAAGCUUCAGCUGGCUUAUCGAUCUUUUCUAGAUAAAACGCUACCGUUAUGUGAUAGAGGCAUCCUCGAUAUAACAAACCACCUCAAAGGACGUUGCCAAAUUAAAUGGCUCGACAAGAAAGAUAUAGUGAACUGCGUUGACGCGCUUUCCGGCGAAUCAGUGAAUGGACGGAAUGUGACAGGAUCGCUGGAUGAGUCAAAUUAUUUAAAUUUUGUUUUCAUCGGUGACUCGAGAGUGCGACAAAUCUUUUUUGACUUUGUUAAGAUCAUUCCAGACUACGAUUUACAUAUUGAACCGAAACUCAAAUCCUAUUACAAAUUACAUCGGGAUGUAAAUUUCACCAGCCACGUUUUAAAUUUCCGCUUAUCUUUCUAUUGGCGACCUUUUCUCGGGGAAAACAUAACGGAUGUCGUUCCUCAGAUCAUUCAAAAUCUUCAUGCCGAUAUGGUUAAAAUCAUCCUCAUAGGACUAUCUACACACCACAUGAUUCACGAGCAAAAUUCGAGUCAACAACUGUACGCCAAGGGAUUAAGAGAGCUGGCGCCGGUGCUCCAGCGCAUAGCAACCACAUCAACCCGUGUGAUUUGGUUGAGGCAGUAUCCCGUCAUCGAUUUUUUCGGGUCCAGCGAAAGUCACAACACGGACAUUUUUUCGUCCAAGAUCAACCAAUUCAACGUCGAAUCGGAACGCAUUCUCAGGAACCGCGGGAUAACGAUUUGGAAUUCCGGAAAUUUCCUGGUUGAAGAAUACAUCCGCAGUUGCAGUCUCCUAGACCGUGGAGAGAUCAUGUAUUUUGGAGACGCGUAUUUCAGUUGCCUGGAUUACCUUCACACAGGCUACGUGGCCUUAUCACUAGCUCUUCAAUUGCUUGCCAGUGAGCUUUGUUAGUUGACAUUUUUGCGCAACUUUUGAGUUUGAAUAAAAUGACUGGUAAU